GCCAGUGGGUGAGUGAGUGAAAAGGCGCAAAGAGCAAGAGAGAAAGAGAGUCGGGUGAGAGUGUUCCCUGGAACAGCAUAUCUGGUUCCCGUUCGCGUGGCUGUGGCGCUGGGUUGUUGGCCCUCCCAUUCAUUCAGUGGGCGAGGGCAGCCAAGAUAGCAGGAGAGACAGCAGACUUCUCCUCUUCGUUCUCCGUGAAGGCACGAACCCCACUCUGAAGUCAGAACUUCGACUCAGUUGUGGUUUCAGGACCCAGCCAAAAGGGGCCUCAAGGCUGUGUGCUUUCAACGUUAGAGAAACAAGAAGGGGAUUGAGUCUGUAUGUGAGCGUUUUGGGUGGUUCCAAAAUUCCUGAUUCUUCAACAUUUGAGGAUGGGAUUAAAGGAAGUGUUGUGAGAAGACAAUCUGUGAAACGAACCGGUCACCAAGACGAGGAAUUGGGGGGGGGAAGAUGUUAGAGAGCCUUUAUCCAACGAACCAAAAAACUCUGCUCUCCACAAUGACUUGGUGCUCGGAAACGAGUAAAUUUAGCUCAGUAAUGAUCCAAGCUGCCCCAUUGAUUCCGAUUUGUGUCUGGUCCCUUGAAUUGGGUCCCAUUCAUUGCUUGAACGACCACCAAGUCCGCAAGCCAUGCUGAGUCUGAUUAAAUCAAAGAAGAAGGAAGGAAAAAGGUUGCUAUUGGGAGGACUUGGCAAGAGUAAUCAGAGCUCGAAAGCAACGGGAUCCGCCCCAUCUGACCAUAAUCAGAGGCAAUCACUCGAGGAGCCGUUAGAGAAGGUCAGUGAUUCUUGCCUCUCGAUCGAAAUUGGUGCCCGUCUCAAUGAGUGUGGUCCAAACAACAACAAUAACAUCAAGAUCACUUCCAUAUCCCGAGGCGACGCCGGAGGAGGGGGAAAAACCGUCGAUUGGAGCCAAACCGAGGAAUUCUCGCCCGAGAUCCCGUCAAAAAUGAUGAGGCCAUCAAGCAGGGCCUUGGGUGAAGUGUUAAUUUCCGAUCGACCUCGUCGAACCUCCAGCCAGGCUCCAACGGACAGGCCUCCGUCACGAGGAACUAGCAUGGAGCGACCCUCGUCACGCAUGAGCGGCAACAACCCACAUCUUCCAACUCCUGAGAGGCCUUCAUCCAGAAACUCGAACAGUGGACGCACUCGACAACCGCGCCUAGGCAUCAGCACUGGACCGUAUCUGUUUGAUGAUGAUCCAGGGAUCAUGUCAGAGGUGGAGACUUCAUCCACUCGCUUUCGAAGACCAUCAGGAGGCGUUGGUAAAAGCAAUAACAACAGCAACAGUAACAACAAGCAUAACAACGCCCAUUCGUCAUCCAACUCAUCUGCCUCGAGCGUGCCAUUUGGAAAGGGUGGAGGAAGAGCGAGAAGUGCUUCUAAUGCAUCUUCCAGGACGGUGACGAUUCGAGCUUCCCCAUCGCCACUUUUCUCAGAAGAUGAUCCGGGCAUUAUGUCCGAAGCUGAGACCUCGUCGACGGCCAGAUCAAAACGUGGCAAUCGAGUCAGGAAUUCAAUACCAAUGGGAUCCCUCACAUUAAAUCGGCAUCAACAGCAGUUGUCUAAAAGCCAACAAGGUCAUUUAAGACUCCCAAAUAGGCGACACCAAGCAUAUCAGUCUUCUACUAUGUUUGAGGAAGAUCCGGGUAUCAUGUCCGAGGCUGAAACAGCGUCUACAUCAUCUAAAAGGAGGAGACAUGGAACUAAAACCACUCUUCCUGUUGUGAGGACCCCCUCAAAGACCCUCGAAAGGCCACUUGGAUUGGUAUUUCUCAUUUAUAGGGGAGACACAAAGAGAGCCCUCCUCCCAAAUGAAAUUACUUCUGUGGAUACUGUGAAGGCUCUAUUCGUUCGCUCGUUUAACAAAAUACUCACCAUGGACUAUAUGGACUCGCCCAGAGUCAAACUUUAUAUUCAUGACGGUGCCAAAGACAUUUUCUAUGAGCUCGAGAAGCUCAAUGAGAUCCGGGACAGGACCAUUCUAAAGGUAUUUGAGGCAGAUAGCUCUGGGAGAGGUCCGGCAGGUCUGGGUCCCUCUGGUCUUCCCCCUAUCACUAAUACUGACGAGUAUAAUGCUGCGUCUGAGGCGGCAACCGUCCACAUACCUGGCCUAAUGCCCGAUCCUGAGUAUGUGGAUGCUCAGUAUGUGGUGUCUAACAAAAUGCGACAAAAGUCGAAUGCCUCCACUUUACCCCGGAAUGCAUUUUCCUCGCUGGAUCCAGCCUCCAAUGGCAUACUGCCGGUUGUUAGUAUAGGAUCCAGGACGGGCUUAAGUGGUAGUGAGAUCACUCUCCCUAGCGCUCCACGUUCAUAUUCAUCAUCCUCGUCAAGUAAUGGCCCGUCUGUGUCUGGAACUGGAAAUAGUGGUACUUCCGCUCUGGGUGAGCGAAGUAAGACAUUGGGGCCUGGCUUCAUGAGAGGUCAUCACCCUCACUCUCGGCUCAAUGAUCAAAGUCUGAAUGGUACCAAAAGAGUGGAAUCUGGUUAUGUCUCGUCGCCAGAUGGAAACUACGAUUUCUCUUUCGUAGAGUCAAAACCCUCUCGCUUUUCAUCCCAGCCUCGGGGCCGAUAUUAUCCUGGGCCAGCCAACACGGAAGAAGCCAAAGCCAGGAUGAUGAACAUGGAAGCUCAAUUGAGCCAGCUCACUGGAAUGGUGGAGAAGGCGCUGAAGCACAAAAAAUUGGGAAAGAAGCAGGUCUCUUUUGAUAGAACUGUCUCUUAUAGUGACGAAAAGCCUCCUCAGGGUAUUCUCGUUACUUCCAAACGGAAUAAUAACAAUAAUAGCUUGGUCAAUGGCCAGAGUGGGAGCAGCAACAGCAGCAGCUCCAACAUGACUUGCAUCACUAAUACAUCCUCUUCCCACAACAUACCCACUUCCAUGCACGACAUCGCUUCUGGAAAAGCACAUCAACAGUUCUUCAAUCCUCAAAGGGUUUGUUUGACUGACAACGAGUUCCAGGGUCAUCUAAAAAGACUUCAUCGGACUACCAAAGAUUUAAAGCAAGAAGUCCGAGUCUUGCGUCGUCUUACUCAACUUCAAUCAAUGGCCAUGAAAGACCUGGUUCAAGACACAUAUCUCAAACUACGAGAGGCUUGUGUGUCCUUCUCGUCCCAUAAUGGGCUGAUGUCGUCGGCUGAAGAUCUUGAGUUAUGGCGGAUAGCGAAUGAUGAAGAACUGUUCUCACGUGAGCUGAAUGAAUUGCUCCAAAAAAUCGCAGCCCUUGAAUCGCAAGUUGAGGAGGUGAGGAGUGGAGUCAUCAACAAGAAGAAUAAGAUCAUGUUGCAGGAUGUUGAGAGUAUGGCACUGAUCCUCAGUCAGUGCAGUAAAACCGUGACCCAAUUACGACAGGCGUACCCAACUUUGGAAACCAAUCUGAAAAGUUCCUUGGAUAGUACAAGCAAAGGGUGUGUGGGUUCAAGGGAACCAAUCGUGGUCGCAGAAUUUCUCAAGAAGUCAUUGGAUCGAAUCGAUAGUGCUUGGCGGCGAAGUAAGAAACUCACCGGGACAUUAGUCACCUUGAAGCGAUUAGCCUCGGUUCAAGAGCAACGCUUCCACCCAGGGUCCAAUUCUUCAAUCAAUGACAUCUCGUUGUCGCCCCCACCAUCUGAACUCUCGAGAGCGGCCUCAAUCUCCAGUAAUCGAGAGAGCACAUUGGAUGACCUUUUGGACGCUUUGCAGACUUAUUCCAUACCUUCACCUUCACCCUCUCCCAAACCCUCCAUGGGACUAUUAAACAGCAAUCAUAAUCCUCCCGCCACGCCGCUUCAAACCGCCAAGGUUCGGCCUCAGUCUCAUCUCCCAUCUUUGGAAGAGCCACCCAUAACUUCGUCAUCCCUGGCCUCAUCUCCGGCUAAAAAAAUACCCUCAUCCACCUUGUCAUCAGGGGAUCAAAAACCACCUUGUCCUCCACCCAGACUGCCAACUUCAGACGUAAGACCCCCUGGGCUACACGGAAAAAAUCCCCCGCCCCCGCCUCCCCGAACAAGUUCUAACAUCCUCAAGGUCAAAGAAAAUGCUGAAGAGACCAAUAGCGGCAAUAUUUCGAGGAACAGCGACGGACCAGUCUCAGGGGAAAACAAAAUGAUGCCCUACCCUUCUCCUUCCUCCUCCUCUUCUUCUUCAUCGUCGUCGUCGUCCUCUUCCAUGUUAUCGUCCUCCUCUGCAUCCCUUCGAAAGACCCAACAAUGUCAAUUAGGGCAGGGUCUUUCUCCUGUGUCCUCGUCCUCUGUUUCCCUCACGCCGCCUGCUACCAAACCCAAACCUUCACUGGAUGUUCUGAGCAAAUCUCUCUCAGUCUCGAACGGAUACGGUGGAAGUGGGAAUAACGCCAGCAGUCAGGGCCUUCACCAGACACGGUCCUCCUCGGUGAGUGGCGGCAGUAGUGGGAAUGGGGGUGAAAGGCAGGAUCCAGGCGGCCAAGAGGAUGUCCUGGACACGAGGCACCAGGAGCUCAUCACCAGGCAAAGGCAGUUGCAGGAACAGUACCAACGAUUGCAGGAGAUGCAGAAAAAGUCCAAAGUUGGAAACGGCGCAGCCUCGUCAUCGAGUCUGGUGCCCUCUAACGGUGCAAUUCCUCAUAAGAAACCUAGUCAUGAGACGCAAGAAGAGAGCAAUUCCAAUGGAACAAGUGAGAUGACCACUUGAACUCGGACGACAAUCAUCGAGCGACCGACGGACGAAGACAAUGGACUUAGUUGAUGGUCAAAUGUCCAUGAAAGUGUUUGAAAAAUUCUCUUCAUAUCCCAUUGUGAUGAUGGCCCCCUGAAUGAUUUGGUGAAAUCAAAAGAAUUACGGUGACCUACGAUGACCAAGUGAAUCUGUGCCCGAUGAUGAUAUUUGUGAUCAAAAGAACCGGAAAUAUGCAUGACAACUAUUCCAUACGUUCAUCAUUGACUUUAUGUAUGCUGCUAGAACUAUAUUGAACAUUUAUCAUCUUCCCACGCUUCAUAAAAUAAACGCCAAAUGCCGAUUGAGUGAUCUAACAAUUCAUCAUUAAAGUUGUCUAUUAUUCUAUCCUUCUUUAGA